AAUUUCAAGUCCUAGCAUGACGCUAACGGUUUGCGAUGCUCCAGAUCGUCGAUUGUGUUGAUUCCCCGUGUUCCCCAAAGAAAUUGCCGAUUAAAAGCGAAAAACAAUUCGCCCCGUCAUCGUUGGGCUCCACUAAUUUGACGUAAAGCUUUCCACUGACUCUACGAGAAUGGUACUGAACAAACGUGACCUGGAGAAGGUCUUCUCUCCAGGAAAGUCCCGACGACUCUACAAACGCCGUUCAGGUGGAAUCAAGCCCAGCACAAGUGGCGGAACAAUGAAAUCAGUAACAAGUGAGAACGAUGGUGGAACCAGUAUAAAAGUAAUCGUGAGAGUUCGUCCCCACAAUGAGAGGGAAUCCCAGGACAACCACAGGACUGUUAUCAAAGUAGUUGACGAGAAGAUGUUGAUAUUCGAUCCAAAAGUUGAGGAGAAUCCCUUUUUCUACAGAGGAGUGGCCCAAAAGGGCCGUGAUCUCCUGAAAAAACAGAACAAAGAACUUCAAUUUAUCUUUGACCACGUAUUCGACAUGAGCUGUUCAAAUGAACAAGUAUUUGAUGGCACAACGAAAGAAAUUAUUUCCGAUUUGCUGGAGGGCUACAACUGUUCGGUCUUCGCUUAUGGAGCUACUGGAGCUGGAAAGACUCACACAAUGCUGGGAAGGGAGGGAGAUCCUGGCAUCACUUACAGAACAAUGGCAGAACUAUUUACCCAGAUCGAGAGGCAAAAGGAGAACCGAAACUUCACUCUUGGUGUGACAUACCUGGAGAUCUACAAUGAAAACGUUCAGGAUCUCCUUCACAAGUCCGGCCCCCUGGCACUUCGUGAAGAUGGUCGUGCUGGGGUGAUAGUGGCCAAUCUGAAAAUCAUCUCCAUCACAAGCGCUGAUGAGCUCCUUCAGCUUCUGGCGCGUGGAAAUAAGAACAGAACUCAACAUCCAACUGAUGCCAAUCAGGAAAGCAGUCGAAGUCACGCCGUGUUUCAAGUCUACGUCAACAUGGCGAGUAAGUUGGAUGGACAGGUGAAGCAGGUCAAACUCUCGAUGAUAGAUCUAGCUGGUUCAGAGAGGGCGUCUGCCACUGGUUGCAAGGGGGCCAGAUUUAAAGAGGGAGCGAAUAUCAAUAAAUCACUAUUGGCUCUUGGCAACUGCAUCAAUAAUCUUGCUGAUGGUGUCAAGCACAUCCCUUACAGAGACUCCAAGCUCACUCGUCUGUUGAAGGACUCGUUGGGGGGAAAUUGUCGAACUGUGAUGAUUGCUAAUAUUGGCCCCUCGAGCAUGAGUUACGAGGACACUUACAAUACUUUGAGGUACGCCAAUCGAGCGAAAAAGAUCAAGACACAUAUCAAGAAGAACAUUAUCUCCUGUGAGUUGCACGUCACAGGUUAUAUCAAACUUGUGGACGAGCAGAAGAAGGAGAUCGAAAUGUUGAAGCAAAAAUUAUUGGCCCUGGAGAGCAAGAGUAUGUCAUCACACUUGUCACCAGAACCCUCUGAACUCAGUGAAGAGGCCCAAAGGGAAAUUAAGGAGAUGACUGACAGGUUAAAUGAUCUUUACGAGCAGAAGAAAUCACUCAACGAAAAAGUUCUCUCCCUCCAGAGUGCUGAUAAAAUCCUCUGCUCUAGAAUUCAGUACAAAAUUGCUGCUGACAAACGUCUACAGAAUCUCACAGCAGCUCUGGAUCUCAUACCUGAGGAGCAGAAUGCCAGUGGCAAAUCCAGGGUCAACAAGUCUCUUCUGCACUUCAAGAGACAACGGGAGAUCGUCAAGAUUCAGAUGGAGCAGGCGUGGAGUGAACUCCAGUCAGUGGAACGAGACCUCAGUACUCUUAACGACGAGAUAAGCAAGAAGGGACUGACUGAAAAUUUGAAGGAUACCAGUGCAGUGAAGAUGGUGGAGAUCAAGUCCUGCAGGACCCAGCAGCAGUACGAACAUGCUAGGAAGAUCUGCAGCCUACAGCAGUGCGAGAUGGAGUCGAGUGACACAAUAUUGAAGACGAUGAGUGGAAUUCUCCAGACGUACUAUGGGACAAUGUGUGGAUACAACAUCAUGACAGAUAAAAUGAAGACUGAGUACAAACAACUUGUUAAAUCGUUGGAAGGAGUGAGGAAUAUCAAGUGGGCUGAUGCCGAUGAGCACAGUCCUCACGAGGAUCUGUAUAAUCGUACUGGCCUGACCCUGGAGGAGCUGGUGGAUCCUUUGAACAGUGAAAUGCCAAUUCACAAUGCUCUCUAUCUAGAGGACGAAACAACUGUUCCUGAGAACAAAUUAAACGCCACUUUCGAUGAAGCUUCGAAUAACGUAUGCUCACCCUCUGUCGAGAAUAAUCUCAAUUCCACGAUAACAGUGGAUUCUCCAGUGUGUGAUGAGCCAGAUAUGUCUGAUAGAGUUAUGGAAAAUGGAGAGGAGAUAAAAGCAAGUCAGUUAAAUAAUACAUUCAAUUUGAUGGAGAAUAAAGCGAAAAAACGUAUUCUAGCUGAUAAAAAUCAUACGACUAAUAAAACACCGAAUAAAGUCAGAAAAAUAUCACCGAAGAGCAGGGUUGUUUCGGUGCAGCAGACCAAUCACAAUUUCACGGGAAAGGAGAACAAGGGAAGUGGAAAACCUGUUAGUGUUAUGAGUGCGAAGAGCGUUGCUAUUUUGAAUAAGUUGAAAAAUGACAGGCCCAAACUUCUGUCGCAAAUAUCUUCGACAGCUUAUGAGGGAGGAAAUAAUGAGCACACGGGACUCAAGGCAGUUCGUAACAAGGAGAGGAGGGGCUUGGUCAAUACCCAUCCCUAUCAGAAGAAUCCUAUAAAACCGAAGUUACCAUCGGCAGCGCCGUCGUCCCGUGUACCCUGGUAGGGUUAUUAUUUCAGAAAAAUGAGCAAAAUAUCCAAAUCCGUGUGUGUUUAUUACUGGCACCAUUUAUCCCAUGGUUUGAGCGGUAAGACUUAUUUUAAUGCACGUAGCACUUGCAGAAUCUCAAAAUAACCUAUGGAAAUUCUUUCCUCAUUAUUAUACGUCAUUUGAGAAGUGUCUGAGUCUCUACCGCCAAUUUUUCAUUGUAGUUUAGAUUAAUUUUAACGACUGAAUAAAUGUAAAUUUUUUGAAAUUAUUAUCCGACACAAAUGCUCCUCUCACUGAGCCUGUACUCUAUUUUCAUUUGAAUUUUUUGAUUUUUAUGAGAUUGUCGGUAGAUUCUAGGAGUGGUAAUGUAAUUCUUGAUGACAAAAGUUUUAAAUUCAAUAUGAAUAGUUGUUGGAGGAGAGUUUUACAAUUUUCGUAAAGACAUCAUUUAUGUAUAUUAUUGUUAUCGAUACUCACCGUGGAUAAAGGCGAGCAAUAUGACAAUACAUUUUCUAUAUAUAAUAAUUGUAAUCUCACAAAUGUGUAAUGUUUGUAACAGUCGAAUAAAGUUUUUUAUGCAAGAA